AUACUUUUUUUUGCGGAUCAAACAUAUAUAUAUAUUUUUGGGAAACAAGGAUCAAACAUAUUUUAAGUUUUGUAAGAAAAAUAAUAUAAAUAGUUUGCUUCUUUUCACAAAAUAAAUAUUUUAUUGAAUAAUAAUGCUAAAUUUUAAAAGUAACGCGAACUCUUGUCUUGUUGUUUGACUCAAAGUAUCGCAACGUGACUAAGACGUUAAAAAACCUAUUUUUAUUUUUGAGCACACAAGACAGUGUUUCACUCUGAACGCGGGAUUUGAGAAUUUGGUUCAUAAUCAAAGAUUCAUUCCUCAAUCUCAAUUCUUCAACAUGAAUUCGUAACAAUUUCAAUUUCGAGUUCAAGUUCCAUAUCAAGUCGCGUUCUUGCGCGCGUGCAUUCAACGCGCUUCUUCACCUUCUCAAUUUCAUUCCCUCUGUUUCUAGGGUUUAACUAGGGUUCUUCUUGAUUUCGAUUUUCACAAUGGCGUUUAAUUUCUCAACUCCUCAACAAUCUCAACCGCAACAAACUCUGUUUCAACCACAACAACAACAACAACAAUCUCCUUUUCAACAACAGAGUAGUUUAUUCCAGCCACAACAACCACAAUUUCAACCACAACAACAAUUUCAACAGCAACAAUUUCAAGCACAGCAACAACAACAGCAACAGUUGUUUUUGUUCACGAACGAUAAAACACCUGCGAGUUACAGCACCAAUUGGGCAGAUCUACAUCCUGAUUCGCAGAAAUUUCUACUUCAGAUUGAAGAACGGGUAUUGGAAUAUAGAGAUGAAAGUCAAAGACUUGAUCAGUGUAAUCGUCUUUAUGAUUCGUCUGUUUCCAACGAUGGAUUUGAGGUUGAUGCUAGCCACAUUGUUCAGGAACUUGGUGGAAUCAGCACUGCUAUGGAACGGCAGAAAACUUUGCUACAGGAAUUAACGUCGGCUGUUAAAGAUAUGUUACGUAAUACAGAGGUUGCUGUUCGAUCCUUUAUGAUCCUACGUCCAAGGUUCCAUUAUCCUAGUGGGGGAGCAUCAAGUGCCACUGCCCCAUCACAGACUCCUGGAGCAACAACACCUAGUUUGAACAGCCAACCACCAGCUACAUCUAUGGUGCCCGUUUUUGAUUUCUACAGUGGUCUUCCGAAGAAACCAUCACCCUUUUUACAGCAAACAAUUCUUAGAUUUGAGAAAUAUAUUGGUGAAUGUCAUCAGUGGAUUCAAGAGUUAGAGCAGCUGCUUCUCCUAGAAUCUGAAAAAAAUGCUUCCAGUAAUGGAUCCUCGUUAUUGCAAUCUCUUCCCAAAGUCAUGACAAAUGUACAUGACUUUUUUGUUCACGUGGCUGCAAAGGUGGAGAGCAUUCACCAGUACAUGGAAUCCAUGAAAACAGCAUACCUAGCUGAUCAGCGCCGUCGAGGGGAGGUGAAUGAUCCAUUUCUAGAGGCUGAUCGGCGAGAAACUGCAAGACAAGAAGCAGCAUCAAAAAGAGUUCACCCUACAUUGCAUUUACCUGCAAAUUCACAACCCUCAACUCAAGUUGCUGGGUUGUUUUCCAGUUCAGGAACUCAAGGAGCAUUGGUUUCCCAACAGACCGCUGCAACAACUCCGUCUUUGUCAAUAGGAAGUGGUUCAUCUCUUUUUAACACACCGUCUUCAGCCCCAUCAACUACGCCAUCUUUGUUUGGAACACCAACAACUCCUGCUCAAGGAGCCUCAUGGCCUGCACCAUCUAGUUCUACGCCUCAAGGCUCACUUUUUGGUUCUGCCUCAUCAUCCUUACCUGGUGCAACAUCAACUCCCUCUCUGUUCGGUAAUAGUACGCCAUUGUUUAACUCAACUCCGGCUGGAACUUCAGUCUUUCCAUCUCCCUAUGUUUCAGGUGCUGCGACAGGAUCAGGAGCAAGCUUUGGGGCUAAAAAUCCACGGUCGAAAUCUAGAACUGCUCGGCGCUAAUAGAAGCAAUCUUCUGAAAUCAUGAAAUUGAUGGGAUCCUUUUCUGCUACCAAACACAUGAAUGUGUCACUUGAAAUAUUGGUCUUUCCUUGUUAGAUGGUCUUAAAAUGACUUUUGCUAUUAUCUGAUUGGUGUCUUGGAAUGCAGACACGCCGCAUUGAGGACACUAGUCGUGCAUAUUGGCAUCUGGAUUCUAGCUUGUUUCAGUUCGUUGUCAGUUCUUCCAUUAGGCAUUUCCAGUUGGUUACUGUUGAACUGAUUUACUUAACAUUUGUUUAGGUUAGGUGAUUUUGAAUGAUAAAUUUUCCUGAAUUGUAGCUUGUCUAGCUUAUUUCGUGGCACAUUGUAGUCAUAGUUUCUUUCUUGGUUUGCUUGAGCACUGAACCAUCAUUCAUUGUUGUAAGAGAUAUCAGAUCCUAGUCAGUUGUAUGGCUCCGGUUUACUUAUACAGUUAUACAUUUCAAUGUGGAUACGUGGCCUUCAAUUUUUA